AGUGAAGUUAUUUGUGCUGAUCAUUAAUAACUUAUGGUACGUAAAUAGUGGAGGUAAUGAUGGUCUGAGCCUGUUCUGAUGCUUCAAAACCUGGACGACUUAACAUACGUACUAGAACCAGGAAUUCUGCUCUAGUGAACGACGAUGCCCGAAAAUCAGUUUAUGAUCCCUGUUUCAAAAAAAUCUUGGGUUAUGCUGCAGAUUAAUGAUUCGACAUGAUCUUAAAUAGGCUGCUUAUAUAUAAUGAAACUUGAACUUCAAAUGUAGCAGCAAMAUAAUUCCKGUUUAGGUUGAAGGACAAAUAGAAAAAAAAGUCACUCACUGACAUGCGACAGCUCAGAUUGUGCAGUUGCAGAUUGUUCACUUUCUUUGCACGAACAUCUCUGACACCUGCCUACAAAGUUUCAGCAUGCAACAGUUUGGGGGUUGACUCUAUAAAGGUGUGAGGGGAGUCAGCAAAGCAGAUGCUCUGUCCCUUCCAUCUAAGCAAACAUGAUAYACACAGGUCGCUUCGUCUGCAUCUUCAUGCUGGUCAUUCUCACUGAGGCUUCUGAAAGCGGCAUCUUCGGAGGUCGCAUUUCAAAGCCGCACUCCAGGCCCUACAUGGCUUCACUGCAGUACGGAACAGGCCACAAGUGCGGCGGCAUUCUUAUUCGAAAGGACUUUGUUCUUACUGCGGCACACUGCWAUGUAACUCCAAGUAUCCAAGUGGUACUUGGAGCCCAKGAUAUCAGUAAGAAGGAGGAAAGUCAGCAAAGGAUCAAAGUGGCAACRACCUACAAACAUCCAAAAUACAACGGAGGUUUUCACAAUGACAUUAUGUUGCUUAAGCUGGAAAACGAUGCCAAACUGAAUAAAAACGUCCAGCCCAUUGAGUUACCAAAGAAAGAAAAGAAAAUAAACGCCAACCUUGAUUGUCUAGUUGUUGGYUGGGGCAAAACUGGAAGAAAUGAACCCAUUUCCACUGUUCUGAAAGAAGCGAUAGAAAAGACACAAUUCAAGACUGAGUGUGAUAAAUUCUGGCGAGAGAAUUUCACUGCCCAGCAAAUGAUUUGCACCAAGUUCAAAAAGAACACGGGAGGAGUAUGUCAGGGUGAUUCUGGUGGACCUCUGAUCUGCAAAAACAAGCUCCAGGGAAUAACUGCUUUUACUGCUGCAGACCAAUGUGACAAUCCAAAGUUCCCACACGUAUUUACUAAAGUUAAUUUCUUUCUUCCCUGGAUCAAAAAGACAAUGCAGGAAUAAGAUCARUGUUGUACCCACUUGAUUUUAUUUUACAUAAAACAAAAAGUUGURACAACCCUUCAUUGCACUUUUUGAAAACUCUUGUUUCACAAAAAAACGAUCAAUAUUGUUAGAAUCUACAAUAAAGCCACAUUCCUWAGUAA